CUUCUUCCAUAGGAUGUGUUUUGUUUGUAAAAAGAAGGAAGGAAAAAAAAAAAGAAAAAGAAAAAGAACGGGUUGCAUGAUUCAAAUAAAGUUGCAGUUGAACGACUUAAAAGCGCGCGUCACAAGAGAGAGAAACAGAGAGAAAAGUUUUCCCCCUCUUUUUUUUCUUCUUUUUUGCUUGUAUUCAACAUGAGCGAGAUAAGAGCACAUUUGUUUCCUUUUUCUGUAGAUUAUGAAGGGCCUGUCAAGUCCAAGGAGUAUUUAAAUGUCGAAAAAGGUUCAAAUGGACAGUAUGAAACGGUCAUUCUAGGGAGACAGUUGAUAGGCCAUUCAGUAUCAACUAGUGGAAUCACUCAAGGUCAUGUAUUCAAAAAGGACAUGUUUGCAGAUGAACAAGAUCAAAAGGAAUCAAUGCCAUGGAAAAAGACAGAUACAGUGAUUAAUGACUAUAUUUUAUGGAAGAAGGAUACAGCACCAGAUAAGCAAGAUGCCCGUAUUAAAGCCAUUGAAAGUUGGUUGGAUAUUUCACGAGCUGUUCAUGAGCCUAUUCCUUUAUAAUGUUGUAGAAUAUUUAUCCAUCUUUAUGUCCAAAGCACGGCCACCAUAAAUAUAUCCAUUGAACCUGUCUAUAGAACAAUGUUAACUCAAUACAUUUGUGUGUCUUAUUUUACCA